ACCUGAAUUAGCACUAAGCUUGUAGUUUGUUGUUGCUACUAAAAUACUAUUUUGAAAUGAAUUUGAGACAGUUUAAAAAUUUCAGAUCGAAACCUCCAUGGCGAGUUUUAUUUUUUGGAACAGAUGAAUUCUCAUUGGGAACUCUGCAAACGUUAAAUGAAAAUAGGUGAGUCGAUUAACUUAAUCUUAAUGAGUUUAAGUUAAAGUUUAAGUUAACUUGACUUAAGUUUAGUAAGUAAGUUUACUAGUUACUACCAUUACUACCAAUGAAUCAGGUGGCACUGUUAACUGUAGCUUAGUGGAUCUUGGUGAAAGUUAAAAAAUUAAUUAAGUAUUUUUUAAGCAUUUUUCAUUUUUAAAAUCUAAAUAGUGACAUCAUCAGAAAUCAUUAAAAAAAUUAACGAAGUGGAUGUGUACACCACGGCGAUGUAUCUUGCGAAACUAUCGGUUUUGGCCUGGGUACACCGCGGCGGUGUAUCUAGCGAAACCAUCGGCCUUGGCCUGCGUAAACCGCUGCGUGUAUCUAGCGAAACCAUCGGCUUUGGCUUGGGUACACCGCGGCAAAAAAUUAUUGGCCUCGUUUUGAGAUGCAACGCUAUCGCUCAUUCAAUUUCAAUCAUCCACUGUUGUAGCACGCGCUUGUUCCACUUGUCUUCAUCUUCAAAAAGAUGCCUCAAAUUUAUUUAGGCCAAGAAUUUGUAAGUUUUGAAGAAUUUGACAACGUGUUAAAUGACUUUUCUAAAGAAACGGGUCAACUUUUUUCCAAAAGAAAUUCACGGACUAUAGAAGCUGUCAAUAAAACUGUGGCAGCGAGUCAGCCAAAAUUUAAUGUAGAAUUAAAAUACUCCUCAAUUACGUACCUAUGCAUCCAUGGGUCUGAACAUGAGACAAGAUCAAAGGGACUUCGUCAUACUAAGUAAGUAUUUUACAUUAUUACUAAUACUAUAUUAAAAAUUUGUUAUUUGGUAGGCUACGUCUACAGUUAUGGACUGCCAUGCUGCUGGGCUAGCCUAGUGUGUUACAUUACACUUAGACUAAUGAUUAGUAACAUCACUUUUAUAUUUUUCCAAACAUGAAAUACAAAUUAUAUUUCAUUAUUACAGGAGCCUGAGAUCCAAAUGCCCAGCCAAAAUAUGCAUUUCAGCUAAUAGAUUUCAAGGUGGAAAAGAUGGCAGCGUGCAACGAUUAACAAUUAAAGAAUUAUCCCUGGUGCGUAACCAUGUAGCGGACGUCCAACUUGCCCCAUUCUACACAAGAAAUCGAAUGGAUCUUACAGCUGCGGAGAUGGAUGCAGUAAAAACUGCUGUAGAAAUGAAGGUAUGUACAUUUUUUACUGGCUACCGGUUUUCUAUAAAGGUGGGAAAAUACACCUUGAUUUCCACUGCUGAGAAAAAGUUUUUUUUGUUGGUAAAAAAGAUUAAAAGAAAUAGGCCAGGCCCAACACGAACGCAGUCCAACUUGGGGCCAAACAGAGUUCACGGCACAAGGAAAGUGUAACGUAAACACGUCCUACAUAACAGUCCCCAAAUAUGCUGAUAGAAGAUAAGAAGUUGCAGAAGAUACUGAAAGCUAAGCAGUUGCAAACCCCAAAGAUUUAUGCUUACCGUUAAUGAAAAUUAAUUAAGAACAUUUAUAUAUUUUUUAAGCCAUUAUUUCUUUAAUGCUAUUUUCAGGUUUCAAAUCCACAUCUAAAAUCCCAUUUGAAUUCCAAAGGGAGAAAUUUGAAAAACAGAGACAUACAAAAUUUAAAGCAUAGGGUGCUGCACUCUCGGCGGGAUGGUCGCAAUGCUGUGCAGGUUUUAGUGGAUGAAUUGUUAUUGAUGCAAUAAUCAGAUGCAGGGUAUUCAGACCUUCUACAUUGUUCUUUUUAAACCAGUACAGGUAGUACUUAUAGUUAUUUUAAAUCUCAGAUAUUAAAGUAUCUGCCAGGUGAAUUACAUGUAGAAACAGCGUAGAUAAAAAUGUUUUAUUUGUUUCCUUCACGGAUAUUUUAUGUAGUUCAUGCAUUGAUUGCUGUGAUGAUUAUUUAUGCACCAACCAAUAUUUUUUCUUACUUUUCUUUAUUUCCUUUUAAUAUUAUAUGCACAUUUUCAGGUGCUAUAACCGUUUUUGCUAAGAAUAUCGAUGGAGAUGAGCUACAAUACAUUUUCUACCAGUCAUCGGAUAUGAAGAGACUCUUCCAAAAAUAUCCAGAGCAUGUGUUGCUUGAUUCAACAUAUUUGUUGAAUGAUUCGUUAAUGCCUCUUCUCAGUUUGAUGGUUGUGGAUGGCAAUAACAGAUCCAGGUGAGAAAUUUUAGUGUAUUAAAAGGUUUAUUGUUUCCUUAAUAUGAUAUUUAAUGUUCAUCAUUUUUCCAAGUCCAAGUUUCAAAAUUCCUUGUGGGUUUACAGUACCGGUAUGGUAAAGGCUGGAAAAUCCUGUAAUGUGUCAUAGAUCAUGCAAAACUUACAUAGCGUUACUCUUUAAUGUGUUUCAAUAGUGUUUUAUGUUCAUUAAAAAAUUGUUCAUGUAUGUACCAAAUAUGUUCUUUCUUAGCACUAAAGAGUCAAACAAGUUUGUGAUAAACCAUUUUCUUUUUCAGAGUGGUGGCCUUAAUACUGCUUGGAUCUGAGAUGGCAGAGAUGCUUGAGGAAGUUUUAUCUAUAUUUAAACAAGAUAAUUCCAAUAAUAUUCUAUCAUUUAUGGUGGAUAAAGACUUUGCAGAGUUGGCUGCUUUGAAACAAAUUUGGCCUGAAUCAAAAGUAGAGCUCUGCCUUUUCCAUGUGUUAAAAGGCGCCAGAUUAAAGAUAUCUGGCCUCGAAAUAUGUAAAGAGAGAAAAGAUGAAAUUAAAGAGGUAUUUCAGGCUAUAGCUUAUGCUUCCAAUGAGGAAGUUUUCAAAAAGAAGUUUGUUGCUCUUGAAAAUCUCAAUUACAAUGAACUCACUAAAUAUUUCUAUGAAAAUUGGUUUACCUGUAAGGAACGGUGGGUUAUAUAUAGGAGGGGGCAAACCGUUAACUUUAAUGAUGGUACCAAUAAUAGACUUGAAAGCUACCAUCAAAAGUUAAAAGGUAUAAUUAGAAAGAGAUCUCCCUUAGAUACUAUGUUUUUGGACCUUUUGAAAUUCAUAAAACUUAAGGAACAUGAAAUCCUAGCUGAGGAUUUUGCCAAUUUAACCUCUAUUUCUUUGGCAUGUCCAGAUGCUUACAAGUCUGUUUACUUUGAAUGUAAGGAUUUAUUUACACCAUUUGCAACGAAUUUUAUUUUAAAACAAUUGGAGCUAAGUGUAAAAGUAGAGUUUCGUGAGGAUGAACAACUUGUCUAUGGGAAGCUGCCUAGACAAAAGUUUGAGGUUGUCAAUGAUACGACAUGCUCUUGUAUGUUGACAAAACGAAUGUUGCUUCCUUGUGCUCAUAUUUUUGCUAUUAGAAGAUUUUAAAAAUUAUCUAUUUUUGAUAGCCAAUUAUGUGCGGCACAAUGGCAAAUGAGCCAUGGGGAAGAUUUACUUUUACCCAAAAGCAUCAAUAUUCAAUUUAAAACCUCAAAUUUAAAGGCACCCAAAGUCUUAAAAAAGCAUGAAAAAUUUUCAAGGAUAUCACAAUUAUGUAAAGAUUUGUCUCACAUGUUUUCUGAACUGGGCAAUACCAGAUUUAGAGAGGUGGAAAAUUUAUUAGAGACCAUUAUUUCUGGAGUAAUAAAUGGAUCUUCCAUGAGAAUUGUUAUUGAUAAUACUUUAGGUCAAGAUACUUUAGGUCAAGAUGAGACAAAUACAGAUUUAUUUGAGAAGACUGUUGCCUCUAGAGAUAUUGACGUACUGGAUGACAACCCUGAAGACAUAGUCACUGUCAAUACUGAACCAACAUUAGACAUACUGGAUGUACAUGAAAUAGACAUUGACAUAUUAGGUACUGUGGACAUAAUUACUGACACAGGUUGUGACACAUCUGACCAUGCAAAUAAUGGAGUGACUGAUGUUGAAAAGUUUAAUCAGAAUUUUGCCCUUACAGUCACAGAAACUCGGCACAAUGGGGUUGGGAAUCCACAGCUAAAAAGAAAAUGUGUCCGUUUUUCGGACGAAGAUAUAAAGGAAUUUAGGGAUUCUGUAAAAUCCCCAAAACGUAUUGCCAGGAAAGGCCGACCCAAAGGCAGUGACACAACUGUAAUUGGAUUGACCAAAAAUAAAAAUAAGAAGAAAAUUACUGCAAAUGCUCCCCAGGGUUUUGAGCCAGUGAAAUUGAACCACACAGGGGCAACAACAAAUGAUAUUGGUGCGGAUAUAAUGCCAGUACUGGUAUCCAAAUCAAAACGGAAAAAUAAAUUUUUACCUGAACCUGUGUGCGUUACUAAUACUGGUAGUAAAAGUAGCGAAGGAAGCAGUGAUAUAUGUAAUAUUUGUUUAGAGGAGGAAGUAUUACGGGAAUUUUGUGUGAAUGGUGUAAUGCAGUGUAAUUGUGACAAAUGUGGUAAAUGGUUUCAUGUAGCCUGUAUUCCUUUAAGAACAAAUGCAGAGUCCUAUGUUUGUGUAAAUUGUUCAGAUUCAAACUGAUUUACAAUUUGUUUACUUUAUAUUAUACUGCAUGUUUGUUUAACUUUUUAAAAUAUAUCAGUUUUUUGGGUUUUUUUUUUUUUAAAGUUAUUAAUGAUGCCAGUAUUUACAAAAUACAGGCAGUGUUUUUAUUAUAAAUGUUCCAUUUCCUUCCUUUAUAAUUUAUAUAUUUUUUGACAAAAGAAAGUUAUUUGCUGGAUGUUAACCCUUGCACUGUUCCAGCUAUGCUUUGUAUUGUGUAUCUAUAUGUAAUUUGCGCAAGGAAUAUUUCAAUAUGUAGAUAUAUAACUAUACUUAUUUUGCUAUAAUAAUAUAAUUAGCUUAAUGUGGGUAUAGGUAAUAUGCAAUUAUUUUUUUUGUAAAUUACAAAUUGCUUCAGGUGAACCCCUGCACUUGUAAAACAAUUUUUUAUUUUUUAAAUAAGGUACAUUUAUAAUUUAUACGUACUCAUGCUUUUUAAGUAUAUAGACUUUUAGCAUUUUGUUAUAAUGAUGACAUGUAAUCUUUCUUAUCAUUGAUUAAUAGUAAUAUAACUGAAAUAUUUGUUAAUUUUUUGGCAUUUUUUGAAAAUCUACAAAUGUUGCAUUGUUUUCCUCACUUUUUUAUUUAUCAAAGUGUGAGCUACCACCAUUUCAAUUUCAUUACCAUAUAAUUUAAUAAAUGAAUAAUUUCUUAUUUUAUAGAAAAAAAUUGAGUCUCUCAUCUAUAUAUGUGGUUAUGUGUUGGUGUGUGAGUUUUUUGAUUUACCUAUACAGAUAUAGAUUAGCAUUAUGAAAAUUACACUUUAGGUGGUGGCAAAAAAAUUGUCUACACACAAGAUUUCAAAAAUUCGUAACCAAUUUUAUAUUUAAAUAAUUCAUUUAUGUUAUAUGAAAAUGUCUGGUCAUGACUUCUUGACACUACCGGAAAUAAUUGUUUUGCAAAAAUCAGUUUGAGGUUCCGAUAUUGUCAGUGAUACAUAUUUUAUUUACACUGGCUAUUAAGUGCAUUUUAUCUGCUGAUUCCAAAAAUAAUGCCAGUUUUCUUCUGACACUUCAAGAAGUUAGAUUUAAAACUCAAAUCGUAUCUCAAAAUGCAGAUUAUGUCCCUUGAAGUAAACUUAUUUAUACCUACUGUAUCCAGGCCUAUUAAUAAAAAUAAAAGGUACUCUAAACGAAUUUUUGUUAAGACGCAAGAUCUAAGAAUGUGGAUAUUACAUUUAUGACAAAUGUAUUCAUACAUUUUAAAUUAUUUGUAAAUUAAAUACAAAUUAUCCCAAUUAAAAUAAAUAAGGAGAUAUAUUAUAGACUUAAAUAAACACAUUUUUAAAAACUAUACCAUAACUAUAGCUGUUACGCCAAAUACAAUGCAGUUUUUGGAAUCUGCUCUCCAAACAACGCUAGAACUAGAUAUCAAGAAUAAAUUUUUUUUUAGUAGAAUUAUCUUCGUUAUUUAUACAUGACAAGUACCAAAAGUAUUAAUUACCGGUAGCCAUGUUUAUUCUGUUUAAUAAACAUUUUUGGCCCCACCUAAGAAGGGUAUAAGUUACAUGUUUUCUCAUUGUUUCAUUUUACUUAACCCCCACCCCCCCCCCCCCAACCUUUUUAACAAAAAAAAUUCAUAUAUUAUAUAAAAAUAUAUCCCUUAAAAGUACUCAUUAUAACAAUUUUUAUCCAUAUCAAGAUGUAUUUCCACAAGUCACAGAUGUUUGAUAAUUAAUUCCAUUUAAUACUUGACACCAGUUAUACGUUUGUAGGCCUACUUGGUGACCUAUGGUCCUAGCUUAUUAUAGUUAUACAUGUUUUUUUGUGUGGAGAUACUAGGUAUGUGACUUGUAAACACAUUAGUUCAAGUAAAAUAAAAAUAGAGUUACUAGGCAUACAACAAUACAAGUUAACAUCUCUAUGGAAUGGUGUGAUUGGUAUAAGAUCAUUUUCCAAGUAUACUAUUUAUAUAUCGCCGCGGUGUGCCCAGGCCAAAGUCGAUGGUUUCGCUCGGUACACCGCCGCGGUGUACGCAGUGCCGGCCAAAAAUUAAUUAAAUUAAACACCUUCAUCAUCAAUACAAUAAUACUAUUAAAUGGUGAUGGUCUAGUAGACGCCAUCAAUAGAUUAUUUAUUAUAUAUUAGUAUUAGUACCUUUAAAAAGUCAAAUUUUCAUGCUCUCUCCCUCCCCUCAUCUGCCAAGGCCUUGCAAAGGGGCUUGGGGGGCAUAAUCUUAACCCUAUUGAGACGAAGCCGUUUAGGAGUGUCGGUGCCAAGAAUACGGAUCAAUUUUUACAAGCUUGCCACUCAUACCCUUUGCAAAAAAAUUAUUAAAAAUAAUCUAAUUAUUUUACAAAAUAAAACUAUGUAUAGUCUUGUAGGGAAUUGAAUGAACCAACUCAAUCUUUAUGUAUCAAACUGAAAUCUCAACAUUUAUGCAAAGAAGAUAUCCUGAUAUACAUAAUUUAUGUAUGAAAUUUUUUUUAUACUUAGAAUAAACAUGUCUUACUUGCAGAAUUUUGUUAAAUUUUAUGAAUGCUAAAGCCUGGUAAAAUUGCGUCUCCCUUUCAAAAUGGUAAUCAGUUGUUCGAUACUAAUCCAAUUCAUUUUUUCCCCUCCAAUUAACAGGUUGUCAGGAUCGAGUGGCAAAUGUCUUGUGGAUACCUUGCAUAUAGUUCAUCCAAGGACUAAAAAACAAGUAUAAACAAUUAAAUUUACAUUUAUGUAAUUUUUUUUCCCAUCAUACCAUCAUUAUCAAUAAAUAACAAUAACAAUAACAAUAAAAUCAGUGUGAAAGUUUUAUGUUUUUUUGUCUGUUAUGUUUGUUUUAUAUUAUAAGUUGUUUUUUUUUAUGUUAGAAUUUAUUUUUUUUUAAUAAUGUGUUGCAAUUUUUAUAGGUAGGGCUGUCUAUACACCCAAUCUUUGUUGUAAUCCUGGGGACAGAAAAAGUUAUAAAUUCUGAAUAAAUUCACUUUCAAGCCCUGCAAGUCUAAAGUUACGAAACAAGAACUGGCAGAAAGUUCUUAUCUAAUUUAAUUUAUUUGUAAUUUUUAUUAAUCUAUUUUUUUAAUUUUUUUUUCAGACACCCAUUAUUAAGUAUGCUGCCAUGUUUAACCUAUCGGGUCAUGAAUGGCCCAUGACGCAGUUUAAGAAUGAAAACUUCUAUGAUGUAGGUGUGCUGGCAUCAUUCGGUCACCUCAUACCCAGGAAAAUCAUUGAAGCUUUUCCUUAGUAAGAAAUCAUUGUGUUAAAUUGGUUUUGGAAAUUUUUUUCUUACAGAUAUAAUUGGAAUUAUACAAAUAAUAUUUUCUAUUUAUAGUGUUUUAUAGAGGUUAAGAUAAAUAAAUAUCCAUUUUAUAUACCGGUAACAACAUUUAAUACAAUUCAUUUUGUUCUUUUCAUUACUGAUGAAACCUCAAUAUUCUGGUUAUAUUAAUUAACCAACCCCUAACAACAAAGUUUUACGUAUAAAUCCUUUAUAAAAUGUAAUAUCUAGCAAUGGGGGAUGGGGCUGAAAAUUUGGCAAAACAUUGCUUACAAGUAACACACUUGAUAAGAACCACCCCCCCCCCCCCCCCCCCCGCCUUCCCAAGGCUUGCAACCGCACAUUUUUUUCGCGCCCCUUAACUAUAUAAAUAUUCUUCUGACCCACCCGCUUAUAUGCAUUGCAGAUUUAUUUCACGAACUAUUUCAGAAAGAAAAAGAAAAGAACGCACUUUCCCAAUAUUUUUUAUAAGUUUAAGAAUUUCAUUUAGCCCAGUUAUCAAAAAUUUCCCCUUUAAAUAAAACUGAUUUUUGGGAGUUGGAAUGGGACUGAAAAUUUGAUACAAUGUGUUGUCAUUGGCAUCGAGUCUAUGAGUCUAUGUGCCAAGUUUCAGUGAAGUUAAUAUAAAGGAUUUAAAAAUAAACUUUGUAAGUGUGUUAUCAAAGUCCAUAUAAUUGAUAUUUUGUCAUUAAAGUUUUCUGAUUUGGCUUGGUGAUUUUCACUUUCAGUGGAAUCCUCAACGUUCACCCCAGCUUACUGCCGAGAUGGCGGGGUGCAGCACCUUUGCACCACACUGUGCUGAAUGCUGAUGACAAAGUUGGCCUUAGUAUCAUGUCCAUCCAGCCUAAACAGUGAGUGUUGUUUACUAUCUUUAUGAAUGUAGAUGCAACCUUAACAGGACAUGAUGAAAUUCCAAGUUUAAGUUUGAACGUUGUCUAUAUCAUUUGCAUUCAUCUCUGCUUUAUUAAAUAAUGUCCUGCUCAUAACACCUUUAAAAUUUUAAUACCGGGUAUGUAAAUUAGUUUUACUUUAAGAAAAUAUAUUGGGGAUCUAACAGCACAUUGAUAAUUACAACUUAAUUAGGUUUUUUUUUAAACACAUUUUACAAUGAAUCUUGAUUUUUUUUUAUGGCUGCAUAUUUUUCUUGAAAAAAGUUUUAGAAAAAUUUUUUUCUACGUUUACAGAGCCUGGCUUCAGAUGAAAUCGUGCUAAAUACCCUAUAAAUGUGUUUUUUUUCAUUUCUGGAUGCUUAUGAUUAAUUAAGACUCAUCUAUGUUUUUACCGGUAACUGUACUUUUAGAUUAAACAGCCGGGAUAUCCGUUUUCCUUUUCAAUAUCUUAAAAUAUAUUUUCCCAUGUUGUAUUAAAACAUAUGUGUCUACUUGCUGCUGUAGUUUUGAUGCUGGCCCUUUAUUAAAACAGACUGAAGUUGAGAUUCCAAUGAGAUGCUCCACUUCAAAUCUCAGAGAUUACUUGGCUCCAAAAGGUGGGAAAAUGGUAUGGACAUCGUCAUAUUUCAUUUUAUCAAAAUUAGGUACCGGGUAGUUGUUAAGGAAAAUCGUGUAGUUUUACAAACAUUAUACUCUCGUGUUCUCAGCGAGGGCCUCCCAAAUCAACAAUGUAUCACCUCAAGUUUUUAUUGUUAUGAAAUGAAUUAAAAUUGUGUUACAUUAUUAUUCAUUUUUCAUUAUGUUUUGAGAAUUAUGUUACCCAUAUUGCAUGGUGAUAGUAAUACAUUCUAACAUUGUUGAAUUACACCCACGCAAUUAUCCUUGCUCAGAUCCUGGAAGUCUUGGCCAACUUGCCAGAAGCAGUUAUCACAGAAACUCCACAAGCUGAAGUGGGCUGUACAUAUGGUAGUGAAAUUGUUUUUUAAAAGUUCUUUUGUUGUUUUGUUGUUGUUUUUUUGUAAUGAAACAGAAUCAUCAAAAUAUAAUUUAACUUGUGCUUGUGGUAUUUUGUUUUGUAAAUGUUUAAUAACUUUUGAAAUCCAAUUAAAUUCAAUGAAAUCGGUUAUUGAAAACAAGCAUUUCUUAUUCCUUUUAGUGAGUUUUAAUAAUGUUUUGUUAAAAAUAUGUAAUCGUUCAGUAUUUCCAAGAGCUCAAACAAAUUACAUAAUUCCCUCAGUACCAUCAAUUGUGUUGACUUCAGCACAUGGCUUAGUUUAACCUAACUAAUUUUUCAUCAUCAGCUCACAAAAUAACUCCAGAAAUGUCUUUCAUUGACUGGAAAAAUCAAACUUUAGAGCAGAUUGACCGCCAAUACAGAGCCCUACAUGAAACAGUUGAGUCCUUCUUAACAUAUAUACUUAAAUAUAUAAGCUAAGAUUCUGCUCCGAAAAUGACCUUGUAAUACUUAUUUCACAAUUUCAGCAUGUUAUCACAAUUCAUUAUUUCUUUUUUUAAAUUUAGGCUUUCUGCCUAUGAUUUUGACUUUCAAAACUUACAUUUGAAGCAGCGAACAUGUUAACUUUACUCACAAGUUAUAGUUUUAAACCAGUUUGGGAUGGGGUGGGGUGUUGUCAACCCCUAUGUCCUUCAAGAUUUAUGAAUUCGUCAAGUUCUUUCACACGUUGAAUACGUCGUACUGUUCAUACUAUCACGGAAUAAACUCAAGACCUUUUCAUAAUAAUUAUAACUUUAAUUUAAUAUCUAAGUAUAUACUAUACACAUAAACACUUGAAUGUAGUGCAGCUCACUAUCAGACAUAAAUAAUACACAUCCUACUUCCACAAAGUUCCACUCAAGACUGACGCAUGAGUAAAACAUAGGUCACAAUACUGUCUAGACAAUAUUUCACGAAUCAGCAUAAAAAUAUGUCACAGAGUGAAGCACGGGAAGAGCGUUCACUAACUAAUUAAAAAUCUCAAACACAUGUUGCCUGUAAUCAACAUAAUAUUCAGUUCAUUCUCCUCCCUUCAUAAAAAAUGUAUUUGUUAUAUGAUUGACAUUCUGUGAGACUAAUAUAUUUUAUGAAAAUUUCAGACAGAGCUUCGUACAGAAUGGGCGGGAACAACAGUUAGAUUAAUAGAAAUGAUCAGCCCCCAUUGUAAACCAAGUGAGUGUGUGUGCCCUUAUUAAUACAUUUUUAAUUUCCCCUGCAAGUAGUUAAGAAUUAUUCAAGAAAAAUGUUUAGUAUUUUCUAUAAAAUAAUACAUUUAACCACAAAAUAUUUAUAAAUAUUUUUUACCAAAGUAAACCAUUAUUUAUUACUAUUAUUAUCUUAUUCAAGGUGUCUUCACUUGACAUCCAGCAUAGCAAGAGUUAAUUCUACUCUUGACAUUACAUAAGUAGCAGUCAGUGACUUGUCAGGAUUUUCAUUGUAUUAAUGUAUCCGCCUACAGGACUCCAUCUCCUGGUUUGAAUUCAGAGUUUCCUUCUCUUAGAUGAGUUGCCAUCCAAGAAUAAUGGGUCCCUUACGCCCGGGGUGCUGGUGUUGUUUUUUUGCUUGACUUGGUCUUUGGUGGGGAUUGAACUCCAGACCACAAGCUUUGGAUUUGGGAUUGACUUUUGAGUUUACACCACUCAGCCACCGCAACGCAACUUGUGACAAGCUGUAUGAUCCAUACAUGGUGUUCCCUUGGGCUGUCCAGGUUCGUGGAUAGAGGCAAUUUGCUGUCCGGGGAACCAGCUUAUAGCCCCAAGGGAAAAAAAUUCCAGGUCUUGUGAUUUCGACCAGCGAAGUCAGACCAUCGUGACAUUGUGAUGGACGGGUGCCCGUCAUUGACUUCCAACAGGGAUGAUUACGCCUCACUGUCUAGUUUCCACUUUCCAUCUUCACGUCAGGUCUGCCGUUAGCAAUCAGAUAACGUGUUUUGAAUGUCAAAAAUUAUGUAUGCUUACAUUUCAUUUUGUCUUCACCUCAUUCUAUUUGCCAACAGGUAUACCACUAGAUUCCAAUAGUCUUCCAGGCUUACCUUUUUAUGAUAAAGCCACUAAUUCAAUAUGGGUGCGGUGUAAGGUAUGUUAUAUAAAUACUCCAGGUGCUUAUUUAAUUUGUAGAAAGUACAUUAUUUUAAGGGUUCUCUUGUAUUUUGUUUUAUAGGUAUUUUUAAGAGAUUUGUUUUUAAAGAGAUGCGACACCAUAACAGAAGCCUUACGUUAGUUUUUAGUUGCAGGUUUUUUAAAUGUCAGCUGACACAAAAGACCUUUGGUGUACAAUGUAUUUGAUUAGGCUCUUUAUCAAUUUGUGUCUGGGCAUGGGAUAACAAUGUGUAAUAGAGAAAACACAGAUCUAUUGAUUUUAAAUAUUCCCUAGGGUGUGUUCUUUUAAUUGCUUAGAAGCAUUCAUUAGCACGUACCGGUAACCUAAACUUUUGUUCGUUGGAGUUUGUUGUUUUUUUUGGAGUUUGCUGUUAUUUGUUAUUUUUUGGAGUUCAUUGUUAUAAAAGUGUUAUGGAAAUGAGAGUAACAAAGUCUGGGAAAACUUGGAAAAAAAGAAUGUAACAAAAAACGGUAAGAAGCCUUCAGCAGAGAACAAACAGCAGUAAAAAUAAUACCGUAAUAAAAAUAAUAAUACUUAAGUUCAUUUCAAAAACACGCUUCAUCCCUAAUUAAGGCUCGAAGCGCAAUAAAAUACAAAAUGCAACAAUACAAAUUCUACAUACAAGCCAAUAUACAUCGAGGAAGAUGAGCAAGCUCCUUGGAAACCAGGAGGUAGACUACAUCGCCCCAGCAGCUGAGUGCGAAAAAGAUGUGCUUUUAACUCAGCUUUGAAAGACUGCUUCGUCUGGCUGUUUCUGAAAGCGACAGGAAGGCCAUUCCAGAUUCUUGGGCCAGCAAAGGUGAAAGUGCGCCUUCUAAAGGUCUCAAGGUGGACUCGCGGCAUCCAGAGCUUGCCAUUAUCCAGAGUUUGCCACUAUCCAGAGUUUGCCACUAUCCAGAGUUUGCCACUAUCCAGAGUUUGCCACUAUCCAGAGUUUGCCACUAUCCAGAGUUUGCCACUAUCUAGAGUUUGCCACUAUCCAGAGUUUGUCCAAUAGAAUGAAGUAAAAAUAACAGCUGAACAGUAGUAUUCAAGGGGACAGCAAGAGGAAUGUGAUACUUUGUUUCACUCAUUUCCAUUUCUCUAACCUGACUGCAGUCUCUCCCCCUUAUUACCAUUAAAAAAAAAAAGUGUUAGUACGUUAGGGCUACGUCCUUAAAAAUUGUAUUUUCAUUUUCCAAAAUUUUAUUCACAUAUUGUUAAAUUUUACAGGACAGUUGGGCAGGCUUCCCACGGAUCGUCAUCAAAAAGACAAUGACAGCCAAAGAAUUUUACAAUGGCUAUCUAUCAAAAAGUCAUUUUCAAGGUGUAACUUUCACCAGCAAACCAAAUAAUUUGUUCGAUGAAUCUUAUGCACGGUGGAUUCAUCAAAGGACACCAUCUUGAAAAGUCCAAUCCGAUAUUUCUAAUUUUUGUCUAGUUGUGUAAUGAUUUCUGUAAUGAUCUGAAAGAAAGCAAUGCUUGUAUUCCUCGUAAUUUGAGAAUGGCCGUGGGGCUUGUUUGUAGUACUACUAUAUUGAUGUCAGCCUUUGUUAAAGAUUUCAAUCUUCAUUUUAAUACACUUGUGGCAUUUUUGUCUUAAGUCUUUUCCAACAGAAAAGUUUUCCUAUGCUGUACAAGUAUAAAGAAGUCAGUGACGACAAAUCCUACAGGUUUAAAGCAGUCACUGCAGAUCCAGUUAUUAUUUCAUUUUCAGUUGAGUUUUUUGGGGGGUUUUUUGUAAGGAGUAAUGAUGGCCGAGCCUUGGCUCUCAAUAACUACAAAAUUGUUUGUUCGUGUAAUAAAUGGCUCUUCAAAUGGAGCCAAAAAAAAAAUGUUGCAUUUAAAGUCUAUUAUUUUCCAGGUGUUACAUUCAUUGCUUUUUCUCGCACAUGUAACUUAAAACUUGAAAUAAAAAUUCCUGUCCUCCC